CUGGGCUGUAUAUAAAAAGUGAACCAGGUGCGUGGAUCAACAGGUGAACACAUCUAUUCCCAACUCUGCUGCAUUAAGGAUUUACUACAUCAUUUUAAAACAGUGGAGGAGCUAGGUAUCUUGUUUUGAGCUGCCUCUGAUGUUGGCUGAGAUGGAAAUGAUGCCCCGACUGUGUCAUGUCCCAAAUGAGUCUGUUCGAGAGGAGUGGAACGCAGUGUCCCCGUCUUGCCAGGAGGUAGACCUGGAGGUGAUUGAGGAAUACCUCCAGGAGCACUCCCUAGAGGUCCAGCCUUUCCCCAUAACCACCUCAUCUCCUGCUGCAGUGGGUCAGCACGCACAUCUCCAGCACCUGCAGGGCACCAGGGUCAUCGAGUACAGUAAAAACAGCUGGUCUGGUCUACAUGCAUAUGAGUGGCACUGUGGACCUCAAACUCCAAAUGAGAAGUACCCUCAGCUAGGCCCCUCUCCAGCCUGGCCCAGCCCACAGGAGAAUCACUGGGAUCAUAUUAUCUAUCCCUAUGAGACACCAUAUGAAGACUCAGAUUCCCAGUCCAGCAGCUCUCAGUAUCAGGAAUACCCGGAUUUCCCAUCUCCAACUUCAGACACGGAAGAUGGGAAAAAGCAAGACAUGAAUCUAGCUCCACUCUCAGGAAAGAGGAAAGAGCGCUUGUUCCAGUUCCUGUUUGAGAUGCUGCAGACUCCAUCCAUGCGGAGCUGCAUUUGGUGGGUUCAGUCGUCCACGGGCACAUUCCAGUUCUCCUCCCAGAACAAGGAGCGUUUAGCUCAGCUGUGGGGCCGGAGGAAAGGAAACCGCAAAACCAUGACCUACCAGAAGAUGGCGCGCGCACUAAGGAAUUACUCCCGCACUGGAGAAAUUCAGAAGGUGAAGAGAAAACUCACCUACAGAUUUGAUGAAAAGACACUGAAGGGACUGCAGGGGGCACCCACCAAUGUCUAGACAGGUGGUGCAAGUAUCCUAUAUGGAAACACUUGGGCAUAACUCGAAACUAUGAAAUGUAA